GCACUUCCCCGCCACGGUCACAGCCCUCGUCGGCCAAAAUGGUGGCCUCCGAGGAGCCUCGAGUGGUGCUUUGUGCCGUGGGAUUGUCAACUGUUGUCCCACAUGGACCCCGGGCUUUGUAGGCUGGGGGGUGUUGGUGACGCGGGGUGCUGUAAGACAGGAAGUUACUCCAGACAGGGACGGUACUAACCCUGUGGGGAUGUUUGUGUGUUUCUCCUCUUCUCUUUCAGAGCUGUUGCGCAGCCAUUGGUACCUGUAUUGGGGAAACAUAGCAUACAAGCAAGAAGCUUACAGCCUCAGUGGCGAAAACUUUUUCAUGUCAGAGACCGAGAACUCUUGCAGUCGUUUAUGUCAUCCCUUCUUCUCCAGACAGAAGAUACCAAAAAGUUGCAAUCAAAGAUCUGUUCAUCUUAUUGAUAAAGUCACUAAUAAGUCAAAAUGUCUGUCAACGUCAACCGCAGCGUGUCAGACCAGUUCUAUCGCUACAAGAUGCCCCGUUUGAUUGCCAAGGUUGAGGGCAAGGGAAAUGGAAUCAAGACAGUUAUUGCAAAGGCGCUUAAUCGGCCUCCAACGUAUCCCACCAAAUAUUUUGGUUGUGAGCUGGGAGCACAGACCCAGUUUGAUGUUAAGAAUGACCGGUACAUUGUCAACGGAUCUCAUGAGGCGAAUAAGCUGCAAGACAUGUUGGAUGGAUUCAUUAAAAAAUUUGUUCUUUGUCCUGAGUGUGAGAAUCCUGAAACCGAUCUGCAUGUCAAUCCAAAGAAGCAAACAAUAGGUAAUUCUUGUAAAGCCUGUGGGUACCGAGGCAUGCUUGACACACAUCAUAAACUCUGUACAUUCAUUCUCAAAAACCCACCUGAGAAUAGUGACAGUGGUACAGGAAAGAAAGAAAAGGUAAAGAAAAAUAGAAAGGGCAAGGACAAGGAAAAUGGCUCCGUUUCCAGCAGUGAGACACCACCUCCUCCACCAAAUGAAGGUAGUCCUCCUCCACAUGCUGUGGAAGAGGAGGAGGAUGAUGACUGGGGGGAGGAUACAACCGAGGAAGCUCAGAGGCGCAGAAUGGAUGAAAUCAGUGACCGUGCUAAAGUUCUAACACUCAGCGAUGAUUUGGAAAGAACUAUAGAGGAGCGUGUUAACAUCCUGUUUGAUUUUGUUAAGGAAAAGAAAGAAGAGGGCAUUAUUGAUUCAUCUGAUAAAGAAAUUGUUGCUGAAGCAGAAAGACUGGAUGUAAAAGCCAUGGGUCCUCUUGUUUUGACUGAAGUUCUCUUUAAUGAGAAGAUAAGAGAGCAGAUCAAAAAAUACAGGCGCCAUUUCUUAAGAUUUUGUCGUAACAACAAAAAGGCUCAGCGGUACCUUCUUCAUGGUUUGGAAUGUGUGGUAGCAACGCAUCAAGCUCAGCUGAUCUCCAAGAUACCACAUAUUUUGAAGGAGAUGUAUGAUGCAGAUCUUUUAGAAGAAGAGGUCAUCAUCAGCUGGUCGGAAAAGGCCUCUAAGAAAUAUGUCUCAAAAGAACUUGCCAAAGAG